UGCCUGGCCUCCUAGCUGUGCGGCGAGCGGAUGGCCCGGCGCGCGGUGUAACAGCGGCGGCGGAGAUUGGAGAUCCGGCGAGCAGAAGGGAAGGAGCUGCUGCUGGGGACUCCCUGAGUAACCCUUUGACGGGCGAAAGAGCUGGGUAAGGGUACAGAAGAGCAGCGGGAGCCUUCCGGGACGCUGGUGCCUGAAAACCGGAUUUUAAUCACCCUCCUGGUUGCGCGUCUCAGUCCCUUUUUUUCAUUUGGUAACUAGUCCAGAGAAGCGCUUGGCACUAGCGCUCUGCGGGACCCAAGCUCCCGGCCGCUCUCGGGAUCCGUGUGUCCGCUGCUGCGGAAGGAGCAGAGGGGAGGAAGCCAAAGGAAUCAUACUGGAGUCUGGAGGAAAAUGGAAACAACAUUUACUGGAAACAGUUGAAGUUACCAUAAUAGCAGUUGAUCGAAGGACAGUACACAUGGGAAUUUGCAAUGUUGAGUUUCUGAAUCCUAUGCACAUGACCUACAAAUAAGAUCUGUCCUGAGUGGAAUUUGAUAAAAGAUGUUUAAAAAAUUUUACCCCUGGAAAUGUACCCCUGCAGGGAUUGUCCUGAGCAUUUUCUUCGCAAUCUGCAUGGGACAGUAUGAUGAUGAUUGCAAACUAGCUAGGGGAGGACCACCAGCUACCAUAGUUGCUAUUGAUGAAGAAAGUCGGAAUGGUACAAUUCUGGUGGAUAAUAUGCUGAUCAAAGGGACUGCUGGAGGACCAGACCCUACCAUAGAACUCUCUCUAAAGGACAACGUGGAUUAUUGGGUGUUGCUGGAUCCUGUUAAACAAAUGCUUUUCCUAAACAGCACGGGCAGAGUUCUGGAUAGAGAUCCACCAAUGAACUUACACUCUAUUGUGGUGCAAGUUCAGUGCAUCAACAAAAAAGUGGGUACCGUUAUCUACCAUGAAGUUCGAAUCGUAGUGAGAGACAGGAAUGACAAUCCACCCACCUUCAAGCAUGAAAGCUACUAUGCUACAGUGAAUGAGCUCACUCCAGUUGGCACCACAAUAUUUACAGGAUUUUCAGGGGACAAUGGAGCUACAGACAUUGAUGAUGGCCCAAAUGGACAGAUAGAAUAUGUUAUUCAGUAUAAUCCAGAUGACCCGACAUCCAAUGACACCUUUGAAAUCCCUCUCAUGCUGACUGGAAAUGUAGUGUUAAGAAAGAGGCUCAAUUAUGAAGAUAAAACUCGCUACUUUGUCAUCAUCCAAGCUAACGACCGUGCACAAAAUCUGAAUGAACGGCGGACUACCACCACCACACUCACAGUGGACAUUCUGGAUGGAGAUGACUUAGGUCCAAUGUUUCUUCCUUGUGUCCUCGUGCCAAACACUCGUGAUUGUCGGCCACUCACUUAUCAAGCUGCCAUACCUGAAUUAAGAACUCCGGAAGAACUGAACCCUAUCAUUGUUACCCCGCUCAUCCAAGCCAUUGAUCAGGACCGGAAUAUUCAGCCCCCAUCUGAUAGACCAGGCAUCCUCUAUUCCAUUCUUGUUGGGACUCCUGAGGAUUAUCCACGAUUUUUCCACAUGCAUCCUAGGACUGCAGAACUUAGUCUCCUGGAGGCAGUAAACAGAGACUUUCACCAGAAAUUUGAUUUAGUUAUUAAGGCUGAACAGGACAACGGUCAUCCUCUUCCUGCCUUUGCCAGUCUACAUAUUGAAAUAUUGGAUGAAAACAAUCAGAGCCCGUAUUUUACAAUGCCUAGCUAUCAAGGGUAUAUCCUAGAAUCUGCCCCAGUGGGAGCAACCAUUUCUGACAGUCUCGAUUUGACCACUCCUCUAAAAAUUGUAGCUCUGGACAAAGAUGUAGAAGAUACAAAAGAUCCAGAGCUUCACCUUUUUCUGAAUGAUUACAUCUCGGUGUUCACCGUCACGCAGACCGGUAUCACUCGCUACCUCACCUUACUUCAACCAGUGGACAGGGAAGAACAGCAAACCUAUACAUUUUCGAUAACAGCAUUUGAUGGUAUACAAGAAAGCAAACCAGUUAUUGUCAAUAUCCGAGUGAUGGAUGCAAACGAUAACACUCCAACCUUUCCGGAAAUAUCCUAUGAUGUCUAUGUUUAUACAGACAUGAGCCCUGGGGACAGUGUCAUACAGCUCACUGCAGUCGACGCAGAUGAAGGGUCUAAUGGGGAGAUCACAUAUGAAAUCCUGGUUGGUGCUCAGGGAGACUUCGUCAUCAAUAAAACAACAGGGCUUAUCACCAUCGCUGCCGGGGUGGAAUUGAUAGUUGGGCAGACUUACGCACUUACGGUCCAAGCAGCUGAUAAUGCUCCUCCAGCAGAGAGAAGGUACUCCAUCUGUACUGUGUACAUCGAAGUGCUUCCCCCAAACAAUCAAAGCCCUCCCCGCUUCCCACAGCUGAUGUAUAGCCUUGAAAUCAGUGAGGCCAUGAGAACUGGUGCUGUUUUAUUAAAUCUACAGGCAACUGAUCGGGAGGGAGACCCAAUAACAUAUGCCAUUGAGAAUGGAGAUCCUCAGCGAGUUUUUAAUCUUUCAGAAACUACUGGGAUUCUAACCUUAGGGAAAUCUCUGGAUAGAGAAAGCACUGAUCGAUACAUUCUGAUCGUCACGGCUUCAGAUGGCAGGCCAGAUGGGACCUCAACUGCCACAGUAAAUGUGGUGGUAACAGAUGUCAAUGACAACGCUCCAGUGUUCGAUCCCUAUCUGCCUAGAAAUCUCUCUGUGGUGGAAGAAGAAGCCAAUGCCUUUGUUGGUCAAGUAAGGGCCACAGACCCUGAUGCUGGAAUAAAUGGCCAAGUGCACUACAGCUUGGGUAACUUCAAUAAUCUUUUUCGCAUCACAUCCAAUGGGAGCAUUUACACUGCAGUGAAACUUAACAGAGAAGUCAGGGACUACUAUGAACUUGUUGUUGUGGCAACUGACGGAGCAGCACACCCUCGUCAUUCAACUCUCACUCUUGCCAUCAAGGUUUUGGAUAUUGAUGAUAAUAGUCCUGUGUUCACCAAUUCAACAUAUACUGUUGUUGUGGAAGAGAAUCUGCCAGCUGGGACAUCCUUCCUUCAAAUAGAGGCCAAAGAUGUUGACCUUGGAGCAAAUGUGUCUUAUCGGAUAAGAAGUCCAGAAGUGAAGCACAUUUUUGCACUACAUCCCUUUACAGGAGAACUCUCCCUUUUAAGGAGUUUGGAUUAUGAGUCAUUUCCAGAUCAGCAAGCAACUAUCACUUUUCUAGUGGAGGCCUUUGAUAUUUAUGGAACAAUGCCACCUGGUAUUGCUACUGUCACCAUAAUAGUAAAGGAUAUGAAUGAUUAUCCUCCUGUAUUUAGUAAACGAAUCUACAAAGGCAUGGUGGCUCCAGAUGCCGUGAAGGGUACACCUAUCACAACUGUUUAUGCUGAAGAUGCAGACCCUCCUGGUUUACCUGCAAGUCGUGUGAGAUAUAGAGUAGAUGACAUGCAGUUUCCUUAUCCUGCGAGUAUUUUUGAUGUAGAAGAAGAUUCUGGAAGAGUAAUAACGCGAGUCAAUCUUAAUGAAGAACCUACAACAAUUUUUAAGUUGGUGGUUGUUGCAUUUGAUGAUGGUGAGCCUAUGAUGUCCAGCAGUGCCACUGUGAAAAUUCUUGUCUUACAUCCUGGAGAAAUCCCACGCUUCACACAAGAGGAAUAUAGACCGCCUCCAGUAAGUGAACUGGCAGCCAGAGGGACUGUGGUUGGUGUAAUAGCUGCUGCAGCCAUCAAUCAGAGUAUUGUGUACUCCAUUGUUGCAGGAAAUGAAGAGGAUACAUUUGGAAUUAAUAACAUCACAGGUGUUAUCUAUGUGAAUGCCCCUCUGGAUUAUGAGACAAGGUCAAGCUAUGUACUUCGAGUUCAAGCUGAUUCCUUAGAAGUGGUCCUUGCCAAUCUCCGAGUUCCUUCAAAAAGCAAUACAGCCAAAGUGUACAUUGAAAUUCAGGACCAAAAUGAUCAUCCCCCAGUGUUUCAAAAAAAAUUCUACAUUGGAGGUGUAUCUGAAGAUGCAAGAAUGUUUGCUUCUGUGCUCAGAGUUAAGGCAACUGAUAAAGAUACUGGCAAUUACAGUGCCAUGGCAUACAGACUCAUAAUACCACCAAUUAAAGAGGGAAAAGAAGGAUUUGUGGUAGAGACAUAUACAGGGCUUAUCAAAACUGCCAUGCUCUUCCACAACAUGAGGAGGUCCUACUUCAAGUUUCAAGUUAUCGCAACGGAUGACUAUGGGAAGGGACUCAGUGGCAAAGCAGAUGUACUUGUGUCUGUUGUCAAUCAACUGGAUAUGCAAGUGAUUGUUUCUAAUGUGCCUCCUACUCUAGUGGAAAAGAAGAUAGAAGACCUUACAGAGAUUUUGGAUCGCUAUGUUCAGGAGCAAAUUCCUGGUGCCAAGGUUGUGGUGGAGUCCAUCGGUGCUCGCCGGCAUGGAGAUGCCUUUUCUCUAGAAGAUUAUACCAAAUGUGAUUUGACUGUCUAUGCAAUCGAUCCCCAGACCAACAGAGCCAUUGACAGAAAUGAACUUUUUAAAUUUUUGGAUGGCAAGCUACUCGAUAUCAAUAAAGACUUUCAACCACAUUAUGGGGAAGGAGGACGCAUUCUAGAGAUCCGGACUCCAGAGGCAGUGACCAGCAUUAAAAAGCGAGGAGAAAGUCUAGGAUACACAGAAGGGGCCUUGCUGGCUCUGGCCUUCAUCAUCAUCCUCUGCUGCAUUCCUGCAAUCUUGGUGGUGUUGGUCAGCUACAGACAACGCCAAGCUGAGUGCACCAAGACAGCACGAAUCCAAUCUGCACUACCAGCAGCUAAACCAGCAGCACCAGUCCCUGCACCAGUGGCCGCGCCCCCGCCACCCCCACCGCCUCCGGGUGCGCAUCUCUAUGAAGAACUUGGGGACAGCACAAUUCUUUUCCUUCUCUACCAUUUCCAACAAAGCAGGGGAAAUAAGUCUUUCUCAGAAGACAGGAAACAUCAGCACGUUGCGAUGCCCUUUUCUUCCAAUACUAUUGAGGCUCACAAGCAGGCUCAGAUAGAUGGAUCAUUUAAGAACAAUCAGCCCACGUCUGCAGGAAACUUCACACUGCUUUCAGAGGAGGACAACUUAAAUAGUCACAAUACCCUUUAUAAGGAAAAUGUAGAUAAAAGAUCAAGAAAUGUUGACUUUUCAAUAAGAACAGAUUUUGUAGACUCAUUUUUACAUAAAACACAAGCCAAGAAUGAGUCUCUGAGCGACCCAAGAGAAAAGAUUCAGAGUAUAUGGAAUCAACCAAUAUCCUUACCUAAAAGAUCAAGGUGGAAGUUCCCUAACAGCCCAGAAACCAUAGAUCUGGAGAAAUGGGGAAGCAACAGGCAGAAAAUCAAAAGUGAAAGCUCUGGCAUUUGUCCAAACAAAGGAGGUAGCAGUAAUCCCUUGUUUACAACUGAAGAUGUACAUUUUACAGAGAAAGAGGAAAUAAGACAAGGUGAAUCACUGAUUAUACAAGGAACAGAACAAGUGAAAUCUCUGUCUUCAGCUUCAUUUUCCUCUCCUUGGUCUCAUUCCUCAUUCUCCACUUUGCCAACUGUUUCAAGAACUGUGGAACUCAAAUCAAAAUCCAGUAUCAUUUCUCCUGAUGACUGUUCCUUGGAACUUUCUCCUUCAAUGCCUUGCAUUUUAAAAUCUUCACUCUUUAGGAGAGAGAAGCCUACUCAUGUGUUGACUGUGGAAACCAAAAGGAACAUUUUUGAAAAUAGCUCCCAUCCACCCAGUAUUUCUCUGCCUCCUCCAUUUCCUCCUCCUCUUCCUCCUCCUCCUCCUCCUGCUAAUACUGCACUUACUCCUGCUCUUUCCUGUCUUAAUCCUUCCCCCUCUACUCUUCCUCCUCUUCCACUUCACUCAGUUUCUGUUCCUCAUCCUCCCACUGCUUCUGCACCUUUCCUUCAUUCAUGUCCCUCUCUCCCUCCACUUCCUUCCCCUCUGCCUCCUUCAACUUCAGUUACAUCCAGUAAGUGUGAUUGCCUACCAGUUGUUAAAGGCACUGUCAAUGUGACAUCUGCCAAGGAAAUGAAAUCUUCUAUGAUACAGCAAUCAACAUCAACAACUAUCUGUAAUACAGAUCCUCAAAGAGAACCGAAAGGCAUUCUCAAACAUAUUAAAAACUUAGCAGAACUUGAAAAAUCAGUAGCUAAUAUGUACAGUCAAAUUGAAAAAAAUUAUCCACCCACACACAGCUCCAAACCUCAAACUAGUCCUUCAGAGAUAAUAAAUAUGGAAAUGACAUCUGAACAAAACCGGGAGAAUUUGCACAAUAUUGUCGAGGAGAUUGAGAAACAAUCUCAAAGUCAAUCUACUUCACUGUAA